GGAUCAAUGUGCACAUUUUCACGGAUCUGAAAGUCUGCCGCACACCGAAUCGCUAACGAGCGAGGACUGUAGUCGGUCUACUCUACAGUCUCUCUCCUGUGCAGAGAGUUGCCCAUGCUUACUUCAGGGAAGAUGUAAAGGUUGCCCAUCCAGAAAAGAUGUCCGAUAUUCAAAAUUACUGAGCAAAUAAAAAGGCGCUCAGUCUCACUCUCUCUCAAAACAGUCUUUCUAGUGGUGAUAAAGAAAUUUCGCCUGAAACCAGAAAUCUGGUCAUUCAAUCACUCGCUCAAUUUUCCAUGGCAAAGGGCACCUGUGACAACAACUUCUAUGAAGAAGCUCGGAAGCAACGUCUGGAAGAGAAUAAGAAACGUUUUGAGGAUCUGGGUAUACCAAAGAUAACUAAAACUUUAUCAGAGGUAACAAAGAUGGGACAGGAGUCUCCGGUGAAAAGGCAAGUCAAACCUAGAUCAAGGACCGCUCCUACAAGCCCGGAUUCACUGAGACGCUCUUCACGUCCACGCAGCACAGCCGUUUCAUACGAGGAAGAGUACACUGAUCACAGUCUACUGACAAAGAGGAGCAGAUCAAGGGUUAGAUCAAGUUCGGCGUCCUCAUCAAGCUACAUAGCUAGGCCGCUCGACGAAAUAAAAGUUGCUACCCGGAAGGAACGAUGUGCUGCAUUGAAGCGCGCUGAGAGCUUUGAAAGUAACCUGCAGUCUAAACACCCAUCUUUUGUCAAGUCAAUGCUUCGUUCCCACGUGUACAGCUGUUUUUGGUUGGGUCUUCCAACCAAAUUUUGUGAAAGUUAUCUUCCCAAGGAUCAGUUGAAAGUGGACGUGGUGUUAGAGGAUGAGGAGGGCUUAGAGUAUGAGGCAGUCUACAUUCCAGAAAGAACAGGUAUUAGUGGUGGCUGGAGAGCUUUUGCCUUGGAUCACAAGUUGGACGAUGGAGAUGCCGUGGUGUUUGAGCGUACUGAGGCAGCAAGAUUUAAGGUGUAUAUAUUUAAAGCGUCUAAUUGUGCGGGGAAAGUAAAUGCCAAGGAGAUGAAGAGAGUUACUGAGAGCAAAACUCUCAAGUUGCAGAAAGUUAAGAAGUCUGAUGAAAAUGAUGAGGAUGCUGAUUAUAACAUGAGUGAAGGGAGGGAUGUUCUAGAAGCCAAAGCUAGAGGGAAGAAAGCCCGCAAGUCGGAAAAAGUUAUCAAGACUGAUACAGAUAAUUGUGCAAGUGAAGAGGAGCUUAUGGAACUUACUGGAGAUGGAGGAAGAAAAACCCGCAGUUCAAAGAAGCUUAGAAUGUCGGGGGCAAAUGCUGAUAUGGGUGAGGAAGAUCUUGUACAGAUAAGCAAACAACAACGAACAACUCGUAACUCAAAGAAAACUGAAGAUUGUGACAUAUCAGGUGUCACAAAAAUCGAAAACUCAGUGAAACCAGCAGAGCCCGCCAAAGAAAUUGAUGGAUCUGUGUCUCGAAGGCUUCAAUUGGGUCGCCACUCAAAACGUGUUGCUAAAACAGGUGCAGAAGAAGGUAGUAAAACUACAAAAUUGGUGGAUGUUGCUUUUUCAGGAUAUGAGUAGAUUAAUUUGCGGAUACAUGGCACUAUGUCUCCGGAAGUCAUCAGGAAAUACUACUGCUUAGAUGAUCUUUUGUGUAAAUAAAACUUUACAGUAAUUCUGGUUCAUUUUGAGGGCAUAUCCAGCUUCUAAGAUUCUACUUAUUGAAUCCUAAAAUGAGUUGCCAUCGGUUCAAAGCUCUAAGUUGGUAAUGAUAAUUACUAUCUACUAUCAUGAAAUAUUCAUGAAA